AUGGCGAGUGCUCGCUUUGAACAAGGCAAGUCGGUCGCUAUAGCAUGUCCCACUGCAGAUUAUAAGGUCGCAGCAGGGCAUCUGGCGUACGAAUGGAUCCCUCGCUGGGCUGGGGACCUUUGCAACCUGACUCAUGGGAGAUGGGGAGCUGCUCAUAUUAGGAAGGUCCCGUUUCAACUCAGAGCCGCCAAGCACGCGCUGCUUCUGAUAUCCUGUAAGGCUGCACUGCGCUCCGCUAUGGUGCAUCUGAAUGCAUCGCUGGACCAGCUGAGAGGAGACCACGUCACCUGUGCUCGCCGUGAACAGCAACACAAGACGUUACGCAGUGCGACGGCUCUGGACUCGAAAUACAAGCGAUGCAACGCCGCUUCCAUGCGCGAGGCAGAGAACUCUGAAAGAGGCAUCUCCCCAACAACAUCGAUGUGA